CCCUGCCUCUAGCCAGGUAGAGGCUAGGGAAAACCGUAUUUUCUGGACGGUGUGGAUUCGUUGGCCUGGCACAUCAGAACCACAAGAAUAUAAAGCUUUGGUCGACACUGGUGCGCAGUGCACAUUAAUCCCAUCAAACUAUGUGGGGACAGAACCUGUUUCUAUUGCUGGUGUGACAGGGGGAUCACGGGACUUUACUUCAGUGGAAGCUGAGAUCAGCCUGACUGGAAAUGAGUGGAAGAAACAGUCUAUUGUAACUGGCCCAGAGGCCCCAUGUAUUUUAGGCAUAGACUUCCUCCGAAGUGGGUAUUUCAAAGACCCAAAGGGACUCAGGUGGGCAUUUGGAAUAGCAGCUGUAGAGACAGGGGGCAUCAAGCAAUUGAACAGCUUACCUGGACUAUCGGAAAACCCAUCUGCAGUAGGACUUUUGAAGGUAGAAGAGCAACGAGUGCCAAUUGCGACCUCAACAGUGCAUCGCCGGCAGUACCGAACGAAUCGAGAUGCCGUGAUCCCCAUCCACAAAAUGAUCCGUGAGCUGGAGAGCCAAGGGGUGGUUAGCAGAACCCAUUCACCUUUCAACAGCCCCAUCUGGCCUGUGCGUAAAUCCGAAGGAGAAUGGAGAUUGACAGUGGACUACCGUGCCCUAAAUGAGGUGACUCCACCGCUGAGCGCUGCUGUGCCGGACAUGCUGGAACUCCAGUACGAGCUGGAGUCCAAGGCAGCAAAGUGGUAUGCCACUAUUGAUAUUGCCAAUGCGUUUUUCUCCAUUCCUCUGGCAGCAGAAUGCAGGCCUCAGUUUGCUUUCACCUGGAGGGGCGUGCAGUACACCUGGAACCGACUGCCCCAGGGGUGGAAACACAGCCCCACCAUCUGCCAUGGACUGAUCCAGGCUGCACUGGAAAAGGGUGAGGCUCCAGAACACCUGCAGUACAUUGAUGACAUCAUUGUGUGGGGGAAAACAGCAGCAGAGGUAUUUGAGAAAGGGGAGAAAAUCAUCCAGAUUCUCCUGAAAGCUGGUUUUGCCAUCAAGAAGAGCAAGGUCAAAGGACCUGCUCGAGAGAUCCAGUUCCUGGGAGUGAAGUGGCAAGAUGGACGGCGUCAGAUUCCUACAGAUAUCAUUAACAAGAUCACAGCGAUGUCUCCACCAACCAGCAAGAAGGAAACACAAGCUUUCUUAGGCGCCAUAGGUUUUUGGAGAAUGCACAUUCCUGAGUAUAGCCAGAUCGUGAGCCCUCUCUACCUGGUCACUCGCAAGAAGAAUGAUUUCCACUGGGGCCCUGAGCAGCAACAAGCCUUCACCCAGAUCAAGCAGGAGAUUGCCCAUGCAGUAGCCCUUGGCCCAGUCAGGACGGGACCAGAUGUGAAGAAUGUGCUUUACUCUGCAGCCGGGAACCAUGGUUUGUCCUGGAGCCUUUGGCAGAAAGUGCCUGGUGAGACUCGCGGCCGACCACUGGGAUUUUGGAGUCGAAGCUAUAGGGGGUCUGAAGCCAACUAUACUCCAACAGAGAAGGAAAUUUUAGCAGCCUAUGAAGGAGUUCAGGCCGCCUCGGAGGUGAUCGGUACAGAAGCGCAACUCCUCCUGGCACCCCGACUACCGGUGCUGGGGUGGAUGUUCAAAGCAAAGAUUCCCUCCACCCACCAUGCCACCAGUGCCACAUGGAGCAAGUGGAUUGCCCUUAUUACGCAGCGCGCCCGGAUUGGAAAAUUGAAUCGCCCUGGGAUUUUGGAGAUAAUUACAAACUGGCCUGAAGGUGAAAACUUUAGUCUUGCAGAUGAAGAGGAGGAAGUGGCACAUGCUGAAGAAGCGCCACCAUAUAACCAACUGCCAGCAGAAGAAACACACUAUGCUCUUUUCACUGAUGGCUCUUGCCGCAUUGUAGGAAUGAAACGGAAGUGGAAAGCAGCCAUAUGGAGUCCCACACGACGAGUUGCGGAAGCUACUGAAGGGGAAGGUGGAUCGAGUCAAUUUGCUGAACUCAAAGCGGUUCAACUGGCCCUGGACAUUGCUGAAAGGGAGAAGUGGCCAAAACUCUACCUCUACACUGAUUCAUGGAUGGUAGCCAAUGCUCUGUGGGGGUGGCUGGAGAGGUGGAAGAAAGCUAACUGGCAGCGUAGAGGAAAACCAAUUUGGGCUGCUGAUGAGUGGAAAAACAUUGCCACCAGGAUAGAGAAGCUACCGGUGAAAGUUCGUCAUGUAGAUGCCCAUGUCCCCAAGAGCAGAGCCAAUGAGGAACACCAAAACAACCAGCAAGUAGAUCGGGCUGCAAAGAUAGGGGUAUCAAAGAUAGACUUGGAUUGGCAACACAAAGGGGAAUUGUUCUUGGCACGAUGGGCCCAUGAUGCCUCAGGCGAUCAGGGUAGAGAUGCCACUUUUAAGUGGGCACGAGAUCGAGGGGUGGAUCUAACCAUGGACAGUAUAUCUCAGGUAAUCCACGACUGUGAGACAUGUGCUACCAUCAAACAGGCCAAGCGGGUAAAGCCCCUGUGGUAUGGUGGGCGGUGGUCCAAGUACAAGUAUGGGGAGGCCUGGCAGAUUGACUACAUCACACUGCCCCAGACACGCCACGGCAAGCGUUAUGUGCUCACAAUGGUAGAAGCCACCACGGGAUGGUUGGAAACCUAUCCUGUGCCUCAUGCUACGGCCCGUAACACCAUCCUAGGCCUUGAAAAGCAAAUUCUUUGGAGGCAUGGUACCCCUGAGAGGAUUGAGUCCGACAAUGGAACUCAUUUCAAGAACAGCCUUAUCAACACUUGGGCUAGGGAACAUGGUAUUGAGUGGGUGUACCAUAUUCCCUACCAUGCACCAGCUGCAGGAAAAGUAGAGAGGGACCAGGUUGUACAUGGUGGGUAAUGCAGAGAGAUGGAAGAACACGAUGUGUACCUCAGGGAGAUCUGAUUGUUGGGUGAGAACUAUGUAUAAAUAUCACUGUUUGCUGAAUACUGCUGCCAUUGUCUGUGUAUAGUUGUAUAUUAGAUGUAUAAUGUAUCUAUUUAUAGGGUUUGAAUAUAUAUAUAUGUUUUAGUAGUAAGCUGACGAUAUGGGGAUAAGGGGUGGAAUGUCCUAGGGUGGCUGUAUGAUGCCUUUAUCCCCAAUCGUCUGCCCUGUUUAUGUUGAAGUCUUGUUCCAAGAGUGAAAGGAGGAGGGAAGAAGCUCAGGGUUUGUUUUCAAAAACUCACUCCCUCCUCCACAUUCCUGCUCCGGGACGGUGUUAUCUGCGGACGGACGGACAGCGAGACAGAGCUCUCCUUUGCUUUUUUUCCUAGUUAGUUUUAGCUAGCUGAGGCAGAGAAUUUCCCUGGACUGUGGUUUUUUUCCCUUUCUCUGGACCUGCUCUGGACUGAACACCAGAAGAGCAUCAGCAGCUCACAUCUGUGGCCCAGCGGGCCGGGCCUGGGCCGCGGCAUUGCCAGCGCUGGAAGGACUGGUCAGAGACUGAGUGAGCUGAGCUGCAGCCCGGGGGGAUUUGCUCUGAAUUUGUCUCUCUUGGAGUGGCAAGAAGUCCUAUUGUUUAAUAUUGUCUAAGUUCUCUUGUGUAAUAAACAGGUUUUUUCCA